AUGGUGGCAAAAGAGAUUGGUGCUAUUUGUGGCUCUCCCAUCACAAAGGGUUUGGGAAAAUAUUUAGGUAUGCCCCUUUUGCAUAGUUGUGUGACUAAAGUUACGUAUAAUGGUCUGCUUGAUAAAGUGCAAAGUUGGCUUGUUUCCUGGAAAAGGAAGUGUCUUUCCUUAGCUGGCAGAGCUAGCCUCAUCCGAGCUAUCACAUCUUCCAUACCUGUGUAUACGAUGCAAACUGUUAAGUUACCAGGUAGCAUUUGUGAAGAUCUUGAUCGAAUUAAUAGGGAUUUUUUUUGGGGAGGCAGUGGAAAAAAGCAAAAGGUUCGUUUAUGCCAGUGGGAUUUGGUUUGUCGUCCUAAAUGUAGGGCUGGUCUAGGAUUCAAGAAAACUGCAAACAUGAAUAGGGCCCUUUCAGCAAAGAUUGGUUGGAGGAUGCACACUCGUGAUCAAGGGUUAUGGGCUCAAAUUUAUGAAAAGAAGUACCUAAAUGGCUGCUCUAUCUUGGAUACUCCUGGGGUCUCCAAGCAAGAUUGUUCUGCUACUUGGAGAAGUGUUCUCUAUGGUGUCGAGUUGCUGAGAAAGGGAAUGGUUUGGAGAGUAGGGAAUGGGGACAAGGCGAAUUUUUGGAAGGACCAUUGGGUGGCUGAUCUCACUUUGUUACAGUGUGCAGGGGUGCAGUCAGGGAUCGAUUUGGACUGCAAGGUUUCUAAUUUCUUUAAAGAAGGGUGGUGGGAUGCUGAGAAGUUAAGAGCUGUUCUUGAUGAGGAUAUGGUGCAAAAGAUCACCUGUUUUCCUGUUGGUUUUGGAGGUAAUAGUCAAGAUACUCAGAUAUGA